GCUGUAGCAUGCUAGCCGAGCUAGCUAGCCAAGAUGGAGCCACUGCUGAGGCUGGCUUGUGUUGGCGUGUGAUGGACAGAGCUGCAUGAAUGGAUGUACUGCAGAGGGCUGUGGGACAAAGUAACGUUAUAUUCAGGCAGCCUGUUAAGGAUUAAUGAGAGGAUUUAAUGUUUGCAUCCAACGUGGCUCAUUGCAGUUUAAUAGGUUGUAGUUUCCCUUUUAUUACUUCUAGGAUUUACUAAAUUCCUAGCUUGUAAUGUGCGUUGGCUAAACGUAGCUACUUGUUGUGGACUGUGAGGCGCCAAGCUAGGAUGCAUUGGACAGUGUACAAGAAUAUAUUCCUGGCGUUAAUUAAUGUUUAGUUAAUGGUAAACCAGAUAUCUUCUGUAUCCAUUUAUAUAGUUUAAUUGGCAUAAUUUUAACCCUUGUGCGGUGUUCAAGGUUUUCAGUGUUUAGAAAGAGAAAAAAUAUUCUUCCUUCCUUCUUUGCUUACAAUAACGUAACAAUGGAAGCUUGCCCCAUGUAUAUCUUGGAUAACAUAUUUUCGGAUAAAAAUGUUUUUCCACCCAUAUUUUCUGAUAGAUUUUUCUUCAUUACAUUCUGUCACUAAAACCAGUAUCACGUUUCUUCAUUACUGUGCUCUUACAGGUGUUUUCCAUGUAUGUCAGUACUGCUUGGAUUUGAGAUCAAGUAUCUUUGCAUUAGUCGUCAUGGCUGUAUUGAUUAAAUAAAGCGUAAUCUCACACCAAACAAGGGUUAAACGAUAAACGGACCGUACUUUGCAGUCGGUCUUGCAGGAGUUCUAAAAACAAAAUGAAACACUUUUCUAAAGGAACAAAAUAAUUUAGCACAUAUACUCGAUAAUAAAACACUUUCGAGAUUAACUCGAGAUUAGAUUUUAUUUAAAAAGAAACUGAGUGCAAUACUGCGCUCGUUAAUUUUGAUUAUCGCAGUUAUGAGUGGACAGACGUCCUAAAUGAAGUGUUUUCUUUUUUAGUAGCUUCCAGCCGUUUGGAUACAAACAUUAAUUGGCAAAUAAUAUAACCCGAUUUAGUCCCAUAGUUGGGAUUAAUUGGAAGUGUAAUACAUUAUUACAGCAGCAGAUUAGAAUAGAAUAAAUAGAUGCAGCAUAACCUGUAACAUUGGUGCUGUGCAAUGUUAGAAAAACAUGUAUAAUACACGCUUGAAGAAGCAUAAUUUAAAUGUAUGUAUGUGUGUGUAAAUAUAUCAGCUGUCAGGUCUGACUGCAGUUUCUUGCAGCCCUGCCGUUUUAUAAAUAUUUUAUCCUGACAGCUGGUUGUGUAAAAUUUGAAGCUCUGAGCCUUUUUUUUUUUCAUUUUUUUAACAAGUUGAGCUUUAGAGUAAGAGUGAAUUUGUGUGGUGAGCUUGUGGGUGUAUGUGUGAUGAGAUAUGAUAUCAAAUUCUUCCCAUACUUUUGUUGCAUACAGACUGAACAAUUGUGGCCCCUUUAUUUUAUUCAUUAAGGUUCAGUGUAUCUUUGCCAGCCUACAUCAAUCUGCAAAGGAGUUGCAGAAAAGCCUCAUGUUCAUCGAGCCGUGUGCGCGAGAAAACUGUUCCCAUUUAUACUUUUCUACAGCGGGUUUAAAAUUCUGCAGCUGAGGUCUUGAAGAUGCAGAAGGGUACAGUAUGUGGUGCAAGUCGCAGUGUGUAUAACCUAAAUUUUUUUCCUUGGAUUACUUUUGCAUCCUUGUUUUGAAUUUCCUUUGAAUGUUCACAGUUAUAAAUAAAGGCUUGGCUGGAACAUUUGAUUUUAAAAAUGUAAAUCUAUUUAUAGUUGUAGUGGCCAUCUUCCAUUUUCUAAUGAAAAUGAUACAGCAUUAAGGUAGCAGCUGUACUUGACACGACUUAACUGAAACCUAAAUUGUAUUAUUAUAAUGUUAUGUUACACCGCUCCCAGCCCAAUCCUUUGACCCUCAUUAUAGAGUGGGCGUUGAGCCUUAUAAAAAGUUAACUGAGUUGAGGCUCUGAUAAUAACCCAUUUGAGGCUUGGGUAAGGUAAGCACUAAGAAUAAGAACAAAGUAACACACACAUACAAAGCAACCUUUAUUACUGCAUUAAUACAUUAGUAUAGUCCAGUAGAGGCACAUUUACUCUACUAAUGGAUACCUGUAAGGUUACAUUAAUAAAGUACAAUGAAAACCCUGACAAGCAGCAAUAUACAAAUAGCUUUUACUCAUUUGGAUAGGUACAAAGUAUUUAAAUGGAACUGUGGUAUGUAGUACAAUUACAUUAAUAUGUAUUGAAGCACUGGAUACCUCGCCACUGUUAUCGAGUAUGUGAGGGCUGUCUCACUGGUUCUUCUUUUGGGCUGUUUCAGGGGAUGAGACGCGGCAGAGGGUCAAGUUCACUGACGAACGAGUCUGCAAAAGUCACCUUCUCAACUGCUGCCCACAUGACAUCCUCUCUGGAACUCGCAUGGACCUGGGGGAGUGCACUAAGAUCCAUGACCUGGCACUUCGGGCUGAUUAUGAAAUUGCCUCCAAGGAGAGAGAUCUUUUCUUUGAGCUUGAUGCAGUGGAUCACCUAGAGUCUUUUAUUGUGGACUGUGAUCGGAGGACAGAACUGGCCAAGAAGCGCCUGGCUGAGACCCAAGAAGAGAUCAGUGCAGAGGUGGCAGCAAAGGCAGAGAAGGUGCAUGAGCUAAAUGAGGAAAUAGGAAAGCUCCUGGCCAAGGCUGAACAGCUCGGAGCUGAGGGCAAUGUGGAUGAGGCUCAGAAAGUCCUGCAAGAGGUGGAGAAGGUCCGCACGAAGAAGAAGGAUGCAGAGGAAGAAUACAGAAACUCCAUGCCAGCCUCAAGCUUUCAGCAGCAGAAGCUUCGGGUGUGUGAGGUGUGCUCUGCUUACCUUGGUCUCCAUGACAACGACCGUCGUUUGGCUGACCAUUUUGGCGGGAAGCUUCACCUCGGCUUCAUUCAGAUCAGAGAAAAACUGGACCAGCUAAAGAAAACUGUGGUCGAGAAGCAAGAGAAGAGGAAUCAGGAGCGCUUAAAGAGACGAGAAGAAAGGGAGAAGGAGGAAAGGAUGAGGAGGAGGACAAGAUCAAGGAGCAGAGAGCACAGAAGGUCCCGUUCUCGUGACCGCAGAAGGAGACGCUCACGCUCUUCGUCACGAGACAGGCGCCGUUCCCGCUCACGCUCCAGGGAGAGGAGGAGACGGCAUCGCAGCCGAUCCCGCUCACGCAGCCGAGGACACCGUCACAGCCACGAGCAGAGCUCCAGACACAAGUCGUCCAGAGAUCGAGAGCGCUCGUCCAGGGACCGUGACCGCUCAUCCAGAGACCGGUCACGGGAGCGAGACAGAAGGGAUGGUAUGAACGGCAGGUCGGACUCGCGCAGGGCAGACGACAGAGACGUGGGGGACCUCUGAAGACCAAACUCCAUCCAUGACCACAACACCACAGCCUCCUCCCGUCUGUCCAUUUAUAAUAUCCUAAUGUUAAACACUUUGGCUCGACACCCCACCCCUCUGUUUUCCCGCCUGCCUCCUUUCUUUGCUUUAGUGCAGCCAGAGUGCACACAUACUAUCAAGUAUAGAAUUGAGUUUUUUUGUUUAGUUGUUGUUGUUUUUUUCCUUUCUUUUUUUUUUUUUUUUUUUUUUUUUUUUUUUAUAGCAUCAGAUACAUCAGAUUUUUGGGGAUUUGGCAGGUUAUUGGUCAGUAGUGGAGUGUACUCUUAAUACCCACAUCUGUAACUCGGUGACUUGUCUGUAUCCAGUCCAUCCCUCGUCUUGUUACUGCCCUGAAAUGUGUCCACUAGAAAAGGCAAACUGAUCUGCUGGACUGGAGCAUAAAAAUGUAACUGGUCCAUGUUCUUUUUAUUAUUAUCUGAUGGUCUUUUGAUAAAAAAAAAAAUCUGUCUGUAAAUAUAUUCUAGGCUGACUAAUUGUCUGAAAAAGCCUAGUCUUGUCAAGUAGUUUCUUGGUUUUUUUUUUCCCCUCCUCAUCUCCCUCCUUGAAGAUUUCGUUUCGCUGUCCCAGUGCAGUUCUCGAAUGUCUGUCCACAUAAUGGUCCUCAGUACUUAGUUCUCUAAAACCCACUUAAAGUUUUACAUUCAAAGGUUUUAAAGAUGUUAGCAUUAGUAUCCGACUUGCCUCCCUUUUUUGUCUUUUUUUUAUUAUCAUAAGUGAUCAGGUUACAGGUGACUUUCUUCAGUAUAAGUGAAAUCUUCUGAUCUAUAUUGGUGGCAAGUCUCUUUAUCAUUUCUUUCUAUCUUGAUUUCUUUUUAACAUACUGCAAAUAAACAAUAUCUUUAGAAUUUGUGUCAGCAUGUGAAGCAGUAGGUUCAGAAAUGAUCAAGUUCAGAUCUACUUACCUUUAAGUGAAAAAUUUAAACAUUUUUUUGGCCCAACUUGAACAGAUUUCUUUUCCAUUAUGAUUAAAUGCAAACAGAUUUUAAUGGAUGCACUGCUUUACCUAAUGUGUGAAGUCAUAUCUGUUUGUUCUGCUGGAAACCUUUCUUUAAAGUCUCAAUAAAAAAAAGAAAAAAGCA